AGAUUCUACAAGUGAUAAAGGGAAUGAGUACAAAAUCCCGUUUUGAAAGCUAAUUUAUUUUGCUAUUUUUAAGUUAUCGGAUGUUCCAACUAAUACAGUGCGGAUUAAAUUCAUUAUCAGUGGAAACAUGACUAAAGCAUAUUUAUUGAAAUUAUAUAAACUGAAAUGACCACACCCACUGCCAUCACGGGUUCCAUUUGUUUAAUGGACAAAAGUGAAUUCGUAAUUUCAAAGUUUUCGAAAUCACAAGAAAUCAAUCUCAUCGAGAAACGCAGAUCAAAAAGAUGGACGGAAGUUGAUGGACUUAACGCUAACACAACCGAUAGCUAUACAUUUUCCUACUAUGAUAUACUCUCAACGGCUUCGUCGAUUUUCAUGCGCGCAAUUGCAGUCUGUAUAAGCAUAAAAUUGGCUUAUAGUUAUUAUGAGCCACCCAGGCAACUUAAUUACUUUAUUUGGACAGCAAUUUGCAUUGUGAUGCCAAUGUUUAUAACGACGCUUAUACACGCAAAUAUGUGCUACCAGGACGGCAAAUUUGGUAAGGGAUUUGUAAAGUCUUUCAAGACACUUUGGCUUAUUUUUCUAUCGUCUUUUAUGUUUCGUUAUUGGAAUGUGCUUGUUUACUCUAUAAAAUGCAAGCGUGCGCAGUUGAAUGGCUGUAAAGAUUUGCAGCUUAAGUAUUAUAAAAUGGCUAUAAAAGAGGAAAGUGAUGUCGCUUUUAUAAGACUAUUUGAGUGUUUUCUUGAAGCGGCACCGCAAAAAAUUUUACAAAUAUCUAUUGUCUUAAAUUUUGUGGAUGAAGAGAUUACACCUAUGCAAAUAAUUGCUAUCUGCUCAUACUUUGGAAGCAUGGCUUGGUGUUUGGCUGCUUACCAUAGAUACAAUCGAUAUUCCCAAAUCGAUAAAAGUGAUAUUAGCACGCAAGGAUUUAUCUUACAGUUGGGCUGGCAUUUUUGCACUUCGGUUUCAAGGACUUUAUGUAUUGCAUUCGUCGCCAGUUUGUUUCCACUUUGGACAAUUGUGGCAUGUUUGAGUCAUGCAUUCCUAUUUGGAUUCGUUACCUUUAUUGUUGAACGUCCAGUGUUUGCAUCAACUUCUUGUUUAAAUUUUCUGUUUUGCCUUAUAUUGGGCGUAGUUUAUUUAUUUACUUACAUAUCUGUGAAAGACGCUUCAACUAAAUAUAAGUACCUGAUAUAUUAUAUAAUAUGCUUUACAGAGAAUAUUAUAUGUAUUGCCUUAUUCAUGUCGUUUGCGUCAAGUAAUUUAUUCCAAUGGACUUAUCUUUUUUACUCAUUAUGUGCAAUGGCUUUAGUAUUUUAUAUAUUUGGUUUAACAUUUAUGAUUAUAUAUUAUACAUGCUUUCAUCCAAAAAAAACAGCUAGGAAAUCAAAACUUGUUAAUAAUAAUUAAUAUGUAUUUCUUAUUUUAAAUACACAAUUCCUUUUUGUAUUUAAGCAAACAAAAAUUCCAAUACUCCAUAGGAAUAUAAGAUUUUUUGUAUACAAAUAACAACAUUACCUAUUUUUAUAU